CCCUCGUGAGUGAUUAUACAAAUAUUCUAUAAUAUAACAUCUUGAUUUUAUAGAAAUAACGAAUAUAUUGUACUUGAAGCUGAAAAAUCAAAUCAAGAUGAUCAGCAAAACAUAACAACAACUUCUGAACUUGUAUCAUGUGAUGAGAAAUCACCAAUCAAAGGUACUUUGACAAGCUCUAUAAUGGAUAGUGAUGAUAAUGAUUUUCAACAAUCAAUAGUUUCACAAGAUACUAUAGCGAAUGUUCAAGAUAUCGAUUUCUUUUGUCAAUCUACAAAUAAAAGAAAAACCCAAAAACAAUUCGAUAAUGAAAUUAAAAAAAACCGUUUAAUUUUCCAAUUAACAAUGUGGAAUGAAUUUGCACCGAUUAAUAGUAAACGACGUGCAAAUACAACUAAACUUACAACUACAAUUACACAUAAACGUUCAAAAGAAAGCUAA